AUGGGCUCGACUGGAACGACGAUGGCGACGAGAGCCUUGUUGGCCGGAGUGCUUUUGGCCGGCGCAGCCAGCGCGGGCAGAGCCGACGAGAACACCUAUUGCGCGAUGGACCAGUGGAAGAUCGACCCCGAGACAGACCUCUGCAAUCCGCUCCGCUACAUCCCCCUGCUGUCCGUGAAUGCGCUCUUCACUGCGCUGUACUUUGUCGCAGCGCUUGCUUUCACUUACAACCAAAUCCGGUACAGAAAGUCAAAGUACUUCCUCGUCCUCGUGAUCGGCACGUACUGCGAGGCGAUCGGGCUCGCGCUCCGCAUCUCGUUCCGAAACGACGUCCACUCCCUCGGCGGAUACAUUGCCAUGUACAUGUUUGUCAUUCUCAGCCCCUGCGCGUUCCUCGCUGCCGACUAUAUCCUCCUCGGACGCAUUGUCGAGUACCUCGGCGGAGAGAAGUAUCUCCUCCUUCCGCCUGGCAAGGUUUCGUGGACCUUUGUUAUUUCUGAUAUUGUCACCUUCCUCAUCCAGGCCACUGGCGGCGGCAUGUCGACCUCGGACUCGCUCCACACCGUCGGCAGCAACAUCUUCCUUGCCGGACUUGUGCUCCAGCUCGCGUCCUUCACGCUCUUCACCGUCAUGGUCAUCAUCUUCAUCUACCGCGUGUGGCGCUACGACCGGCACGGGAUCUGGGCCCAGCCCGGUUGGAAGUCGCUCUACGCCGCGCUCGGGUGGACGUGUGUCAUGUUCCUCAUCCGCUCCGUGUUCCGUACCGUCGAGCUGUCCGAGGGAUACACUGGAUACCUGUCCACUCACGAGAUUUACUACAUCACCCUCGACGCGCUCCCGCUCUGGAUCGGCAUCAUCGUCUAUGUCUACUACUGGCCGCCCCGCUUCCUCCACUUUGGCCGCCGCGCCGAGAUGGACCGCGACGAGGAGACGCUCCGCGACCUGUCGCACCCGAACGGCUCCACCUCGCUCGAGGACAAGUACCCCAACGCCUCGUCCAACGUGAGCGACAACUUCUUGACCAACUCAGCCACCUACGGCGACAAGUAA